CGGGCGGUGUAACCAGAGGCCCCAGCGAGCGGACCGCACGGCGCCCUUGUCUCCCCAGGUAGGAGGCAGCAUGUCUUUCCGAGGCGGAGGUCGUGGAGGCUUUAAUCGAGGUGGUGGCGGCGGCGGCUUCAAUCGUGGCGGCGGCGGCAACAAUCACUUCCGAGGUGGCGGCGGCAAUUUCCGAGGCGGCGGCGGCGGCCGUGGGGGCUUUGGACGAGGGGGUGGUCGUGGAGGCUUCAACAAAUUUCAAGACCAAGGACCUCCGGAACGUGUCGUUUACUUCCAGUUUUAUAUCGACCCAUAUAAAUUGCUGCCACUGCAGAGGUUUUUACCUCGACCUCCGGGUGAGAAAGGACCUCCAAGAGGCGGUGGCCGAGGAGGAGGAAGAGGAGGAGGAGGCAGAGGCGGCGGCAGGGGUGGUGGUAGAGGCGGUGGGUUUAGAGGCGGACGUGGAGGUGGAGGCUUCCGAGGAGGAAGAGGGGGCGGUGGUUUCAGAGGGAGAGGACAUUAGAGAGAACAGUGGACAAACAGGCCUCGCCAUUUGACACCUGCAUUAGCCUUCCUGAUCUACUUGUUCCUGAAGCAAGUGUGAAGAACUGUCAUUGUAUGACACUGGAUUUACAUGGUCACCGCCAUGCAGAGAUGAGUGCAGGAGGCGGCCGUCCUGCGCCCCCAGGGCAAGACCGCAGUCAGUCGCUUGCCGCCUGGUGCUCUGGUGCUCAGUAAAUGGACAGGAGUUUUCUUUUGAAGCCUAUUUGAAUUUUUUAAAAUAAAGCUUUUUAUUCCUUUAA